ACAUCAGAAAGAACAUAAACAACAAGUAAGAAAAGAAGCAAAAUCUGAUAAAAAAGAAAUGACUAAUGAAAUACAUGAAAAGAAAUGUAAAACAGAUAAAGAAACACCAAGGAAUAAAAUUAUUAAAGAUAUCUAA